GGCAGCUAAAACUGCUCUUCAUUCACACUGUAUUUGUGGGAGACUGUGUAUUACAGAGGUGUGUGAAACCGUGUUCAUAUGUUUCAAUGUUGUGGGUGACCCGUUUUGUGACCUUACGACCUUUGUACUGAUGACGGGCACCAUGAUGCAGAGUAUGGACACAAGGGAGACAGAGAUUGACCUGAGAGAUGCGGGGGAUGGUGAAGAUGAAGAGGGACAACAGGCAUGGAAGACACAGCUAGAAACCGUCCUGGAGGAAGAGGAGGAGGAAGAUGUCAUCUCUACACAAAGUGACACCAGGCCUCUCAUCAAUGAAAGGGAUCCAAGGCAAAUAAAUGAGUGUCUUAAGGUUAGUUUUGAGGAUGUGAUAGCAGAACCGGUGUCAGUGCGCAGUGGGGAUCGGGUGUGGAUCUGGAGUCAUGCUCUUUUCGAGGUGUCCAGGGUGUGGUGUUACCGUAUCAUCACAGCUCUUUUGGCUGUUCCCGUGUCUCUUAUUGCUGGAGUUCUCUUCGCCAUUCUCAGCUUCAUUCACAUCUGGUUCUUCACACCAUGUGCACAUGUGAUUUUGAUAAACACUGGUUGGUUGCAGACGUUAUGGAGCAGCCUAUUAGACAUCUUCAUCCUACCAUUCUUCCAAAGCAUUGCCAAGUGCUGCAGUGGAAUUAGUGUUCUUCUAACACAGGAAUGAGAAAUGUUCUCUGGAAUCAAUUUAAGUGGGAAUUUACAGAACAUUUAGGGGCCGUUUACACAACAAUGUUUUCAACUAAAAACGGAAAACUUUUUAUGCCUUUUGGCUGUUCGUUUACACGACAAUGGCGUUUUGGGGACUGAAAACGCAAACUUUUGAAAACAGGUUUCAAAGUGCAAGUUUUUGAAAACGAUGCCGUUAUCGUCUCCAUGUAAACAUACAAAAACGUGAAUUUGUGAAAACGAUGACAUCAUGCGCACGUGUAUUAUGUUUUCAGUCUAUAGGCAUGCACGCAAGUACUUCAAAACAAUGCACGAGACAUUCAAAACUACAAUGGCGGACUACAGGACUGUGUUUGUGCUGCUCAAGGUUUUGAGUUUAUUGACGCUUCUCCAGCAAAGUAAUUGUAGUAAUAAAGCAACCUCAUCGUCCGUCCAGACAAAAUUGCUCGAUGCUUUCGCCAUCUUCAUUGUAUUCACCGCUCUGUGGAAGCAUGCUUAUGUGCGCAGGCACGUAGUGUUUCUUUACAAAGUGAUGUCAACUACUGGCCUGGCAUGCAUAAUACAGCGUUUUUAGUAGUUUUCAUGAAUCCGUGUGAACGGGGAUCGUUUUGACAACGUUGUCGUCUGUACGCGAAUCUUUUCAAAAACGCAAAGGAUAAACUUUUCAGUUUUUAGUACAUCGUUGUCGUGUAAACGUACCCUAAGGUUAUAUUCGGAUGACUGGACUAUGUGGUGUCUAAAAUAUUUAUAGUGGCCGCUUGACUCCUGGUCCAUGUUAAAGUGGGACCUUGCCAAAUGAUUAGCAUGUUAAAUAUUGAGGAAAUAGAUAUUCUUAGCAUGAGGUUUACUGAAGUAUGAAAGUAUUUUAAAAGGGAAUGUUCACCCCAUAAUUAAAAUUCUUUCAUUUACUCUGCCUCAUGUCGUUCCAAACCCUUAUGAAAUUCUUUUCUUUUAUGGACCACAAAAGGAGAUAUUAACCUUCCUGGGCUGUUCAGUCAUUUUGACCGAUUUCAGUUUUGUUUUUUUCAUAAAAAUGGUUUCCUCAAUCUGAAUGGAUCACGACUAUGUGACUUUUCCUAGACUUGCAAUCUGAACAUACAAAUAAAUGUAGACUUAAUUUGAUGAGUUGAAGUGGUCAUUAAAAAAAAAAAGCGAUACCUUUGCUUUUCGUGGUCAAAUUUGACCGACCAUAGGAAAUGAAAGGGAGAGGUCCUGACUAAGCUUUUUUUUUCUUUUUUUUUUAUACAAUCAAUAAAUCACAAUGCAGAACACACACACACACACAUAAAUGAAGAGGUUGGACUAUAAAACAUCCAGAGUGAAAAGCAUACACAUACACUCACAAACACACACACUCUCUCUCUCUCUCUCUCUCUCACGCACACACACACACACAUGAAUUGAUGACACUGUAACACAGAGCAACUUUUAAAAAUCUGUCCAAAAAUAAAUAAAUCAGCCACAAUGCAGAACACGUGGGCGCGAAUGAAUGGGUGAGACAAACACAGCCAGAAGACAGAACACACACACUCAAGCACACCCAGACACACACACACACAUACACAGAUUAAAGAACAAAAAACAAAGUCUUAGUCUGACCGCAGUGUACUGUAUGUGCUUAAGUGUAGGAGCAGCAGCUUCCAGACAAAUCACUGCAUCUUUCUGUUACGGAAACAAAGAAACUUAAAUAAGCUAAUUUACUUUAUUGAGAUCCCGUCCACACUAAUACAUUUUUGAUUGAAAAUGCAUCUUUUUCUCUUCAGUUCACACUGAGUUGAAAACGUUGUCGUGUAAACGGCCCCAUGAGACUGCUUUUUUUGUCUAGCAGAGCUUUUUGGAAACGCUCUCACAAGUGGAUACAUUUAAAAAACAGCAUCUUCGCAUUGUAGUGCGGACAAGGAAGAUAGAGAUAUCUGAAAAAGAUGAUGUAUUUGUUGUCAUGCAAUCCAUUCAAUCCAAAACAAUGAAGAUGGCGGCCCAUGUUGUAACGGCGUUGCUCUGCCUCCUAUCCACUUGUUAAAGAUAAAUGUGACUUUGGACUAUGGCGUUAUUUUUAUAUCACCAGAACUUGAAUUUGAAAAAGCCUCUGAAUUCAUGAUCUUGAAAAAAGACUAGGUGUAAUUUGAUGUUAUCGAAAUUUUUUGCUGUUAAUUUGAAAUAUUUGAAAAUAUUUUGUGUGAAUUCACCUAAAAAAAUUCAGGUUUUGAAAUUCAAGUUUGUAUUAUUCAAGGUGUGGAUUUCAGGUUGUGAAAUUCAGAUCUCAAUAUUCAGGUUGUUCAGGUGGCAAAAUUCGAGGAUGGCAUCCAGGAAUGCAAGGAAGAGCAAACGAACGUCGGUGUAAUCCAUCUCUCUCUCGAACAAUCGCAAAGCGAUGGAAACAGCUCAAAAAAGUAAUUUAAAUGAAUGAAUGAAUAUAUACAGUAUAUUAUACAUACAGUAUAUAGUAGUAAAUAUACAGUAUAUAUCCUACAUUUUUAAUGAUGUGCAAAACAUCUUUUCUUUGCUCCUUGGCAAUUCACAUUGAACGAAUCUGUUGAAAAGGCCAUUAAAAUUAUUCACGUGCACGCAUACAUGACCAGAUAACACACGAUCCGCAGUUGAUCCACAACACCGGCCAAUCUCAGCAGUACAUCAUCUCUCAUUCAGAAGUUUCACAUGUUUUUGUGUUGUUUUGUGGUCUGAUUAAAAUACAAAACGUCUGUGAUGAUCACGUCUGUAUGAAUGUAAGAGCUGCUUUUAACUCAUGAAGAACACACAAAAAGUGAAAGCAACCGAGGCAGUGUUUAUGACUAAUGUUUACAUUGUAGUCUGGCGGUGUGAAUAAAGUCUGUGCUUCAUAAUCUUAUGUGUUGUUUAUUGACCAACAUUAGUAUAUAAAAAAUAUACUGUAAAUUGACAUUAUAGUGCUUUUUUAUUAUUAUUAUUAUAAUGUGUUACA